AUGAUCCAGGCAUACGAUGGGAAGCAUGAGACCGAAAAUUGGCUGUGGUGCCCAAUCACACAUCAAUGGAGGACACCGGAAAAUACUGUCACUGUACAAUUCUUUGCCCAAUUACACGGACAAGCUACAAUGGACUCUAUGUUCGGCAAAGGAGAUGACAUCCUGUCUCCCCAGAAUGGAUUAAUUAUCAGUCUGGAGCUCGAGCAGUACUUUGACGCUGGAAAAAUGGCCAUUGUACCGAGCCUUUGGCAGGAUUCUACCAGCUUUAGUGUCUUUGGCAGGAGAAAGAAAACACCGCGAGAGUUUAAAAUCAAGAUUUUGGAUCACAAAUGGGCAAAACUUGACAAGAAGAUCGACCAGCAGUCAGACUUGACCUACAGACAGCUUGACAACCGCCCCCUGGUUGUGAGACGGGCUUGGCAAUCCCCUAGGGAUACGGACUUGAGAGUGGCCGCCAAUAAUAAUGUGAAAAAGCUUUUACAUGAUAAGAAUGGCAAGUUCUGCUGGGGAAGAUCUGGACACUAUUUACCACGAAAUAUCCUGCAAGCUUCAGUAGAGGAGCUGGGGCGUGGAUUCAAAGAUCUUUUGAACGGCUCAGGAUCAACCAAAUCUAUUGAUUCAAAUACAUUAUUAGAAAUGGCUGCAAAACAAACGAGGGCCCAACGAAAUUCAUUUUCGCAUGACUCUGAUACUACAUAUGAGUAG